AUGGCCACUGUCCAAGAAUCGAUCCCACAUGUCAUCAGAACCGCCGAUGACCCUCGACAAGAUGGUAUCUGGACAGCUCGACUCAGCCAGAUACAGCCUAUCAAUUCCAAGAUACGCUUAUUGAGACUCAGUCUCCCAAGAGAUGGGCCGCGCCUCCGCCAUCUCCCAGGCCAGUACAUAGACCUAUACAUACCCAACGUCGACGUUGUAGGUGGAUUUACCAUCACCUCGCCUCCUCAGGCCGCGAUCCAAACACAGGAGGACCCUCACAUUGAGCUAGCAAUCCAGUCGUCCCCCACGAAUCCUCCCGCGGCCUACCUAUGGCGACCCGAGUCAGAAAUCCUCAACUCCACUGUCACGUUCAAGGUCGGCGGAAACUUCAUCUACCCGCCCCAGACACUGGAUCCCAAGCAAUACAGCCGACUCGAAAGAGUGGUCUUGAUAGCCGGAGGGGUGGGGGCCAAUCCCAUCAUGAGCAUGAUCUCCGCAAUGCACGAAGCGGGCAUCACGAACACCGCUGAUGGAAUGCCGCGAAUCGUGAGAGUAUUGUACUCUUCCAGGAGAGCAAAGAAUUCUCAAGGCGAUGGCGAGGAAGUCCUAUUCGAAAGGAGACUGAGGAACAUUGCCGAGCUGUGGAACGCCAGUAAAGAUGUCGACUACAAGUACACUUUCUUUGAGACGAGCGGAGACCGUGCAGAGCAGGAAGAGCAACGGGAAAACGUUACAACCUGCUACAGGCGCAUAUCUCAUGACGACCUCUCCAAGGCAAUUGGACCGGAAAGCAGCCGAAAGGACACUUUCGUCUACGUCUGCGGAUUGCCCACCAUGACGGACGAGUUUGUGUCGCUGUUGAAGCACUCACCCGGAAUAGAUGAGAAAAAAGUGCUCUGCGAGAAAUGGUGGUGA